AAGCCACUUAGCUAAAUCUACUUCCCAAGUACCAACAUGGGAAAGAUUGGCAGUAGUGGAAGUAGAAUCUUCUUUUUGUUUGCUCUUUGGGCCUCCCUUUUGUUGGCUUGCUCUGCCAGCAGGAAGCUUUCAGCGGGUAAUGGCGGCCUGGAGGAGCAGAAGUGGCCCCAUCAUGGAGGAGGUGGUGGUGGUGUUGGCGGCGGUUUCGGCGGUGGUGCUGGUGGGGGACUUGGUGGUGGCGGUGGACUUGGAGACGGUGGAGGUGGGGGGCUGGGUGGCGGUGGUGGAGAGGGUGGCGGGCUCGGAGGUGGUGCAGGUGAGGGCGGAGGGCUCGGAGGUGGUGCAGGAGGAGGUUUUGGUGGUGGAGCCGGUGGCGGUGGCGGACUAGGAGGCGGGGAUGGAGGUGGAUUGGGUGGUGGUGUUGGUGGUGGAGGAGGCCAUGGUGGUGGAGCUGGCCGUGGUGGUGGUUUGGGUGGCGGCGGCGGAAUCGGGGGCAGUGGCGGUGGAUUCGGUGGUGGUGGCGGUGCCGGUGGAGGGUACGGUGGUGGAGCUGGAGGUGGUGCCGGUGGAGGAUUCGGUGGCGGUGGUGGGGGUGGUGGGUGGGGCGGGGGGGGGUGA